AUGUCUCCAGAGCAAGUUCGACAGGCUGCCGAAGCGUUGAACAGCAAGGGAAACGGGUUUUAUAGAGCUAACGACCUUCUAAAAGCUCAAGGCUGUUUUGCAGAGGCAUCCCAACUUGACCCUCAUGAACCAAAAUACGCGUCGAAUCAAAGCGCAGCUUUAUACGAGCGAGGAAAAUACGUCUCCUGCGUCAAGGCCACCAUUCGAGCAUGGCAGAUGCUCCGCGCUCAAAACACCGUCAACGGGAAACCGACAAGCCCUCCUGCUUCCAAUACUCUUGCGAUCAAGUUGGCAACAAGAUUAGCCAGGGCAAAGUUGCAUGGAUUCCGCAGUAGGGUGGUCCCUGUACAUCCUACUCCACUAGUCACCACAUCAACAAAUGGAUCGCAUGACACUCAGAAGCGCCUUACGGACAUUUAUGAACUCGAUAUGGAGCGAUUCGCCUUUUUGAAACGCGACGAAGGAGAUUCCAAGGUAGAGGAGAUGAAAGCUGCUUGGGAGCAGUGGAAGAUUGUCCGUGAUACGUACCUGCAACACGACGUUUCCUGGUGCAGCAAGAACCUGGCUGCUGCGAAGCGAUUGAGGGAUCUAGCAAUUUUCAAAUCGUCCAGCGAUCCGACACUCGAGUUUUUCAAAUUCGGCCACGACAAGGUCCGCUCCUUGGCCUACGGCUUCUCAGACCAGACCCAAGCCGACCUCGAGUUUAUGCGAAGGAGACUUUUCCAGUUCACCGACAAUGGCAUUCUAGAGUGGUCAUUUCUCUUCGGAGGAUCCGGCGAUGCGCGCCAUGUCUACGCAACGUUGGCAGACUUGGGACACAUAUUCACUAGACAACUCCACGAAACUCCAGUUGACUCGGUGAAUGUCCAUUUCACGCUUGUAGACAUUCAUCCAGCAAUGCUGGCGCGCACGAUUGUCAUGUUCGGUCUCUUCCGCAAGGUGCUCCAGCUUCGAGGCGUACAACACCAUGCAAGACGGGUAGAAUUCUAUGCCACUUUGUUCUUCCUUCAAACUUCGAUCCUUGUUCCAGAGUAUUGUCGCAUGAUAUUCCAGGAUACUGUCAAGAAUAUCGUAUCGGAGCUUGAGGGCGGACAAAAAGUUCUGACCAAGGGGAUCUACAUUAAUGAGCGCACACUUCCGGCAACCCUGGAGCUUCUCCGGUAUUGGUCAGUGCCACUCCUCAAAACGACGAAGGCACUGCUUGAAAGGAACAUCGGCGCGGACAAGGCUUCAAAAGACCUCUCAGAUUUGCAGUCACAUAAACCCCUGAAUCGCCAGGAGUGGUUAAAUCACCAUCAAAUGCAGCUCAACAACCGUCAAAUGGAAGUCGCUCGCAAAGACCAACAUUAUCGACCGUAUGAAGCGGAGGAUGUACCGGCAGAGUAUCUAUAUCCGUAUUACAGCCCACAUGUGGAGGCUGUAAUCUAUCAUCGCCUCAAGAUCCUGCUACCUCCAGAGGUGCUGUUGAAAGCUCGACACCCAGCGGUAUACCAGCUUGUAAAGGCCUACGACGAUGACAAUACGUCGGCCGAUGCUUGGAAUGCUGCCAGGAGGGAGGUUGAAGACACCUGGCAGCCCAAUCCUGUCAUUUUCGAUAUCCACACGCUGGCCAAUCCUCAAUUUGGCGGCCCACACGGAUACCCGAAAGUCCUUGCAGAGCCUUACUCGACGCUCAUGUCCUUCGGGCAGUUCGCUCGUCCACGCCCGCGCUCAAUGGAAUGCGACACUGACAUUACGCGCAAGUCGGGUUUCGACACCUACGCCCGGUUCUUCGAGCUCGUAAUCGAGGGGCUGGAGCCUUUCAGAGAAACCUUGAAGAUCGAGUUGCUCGCUGAGGACGUGAUAACUGGUGUGCCAAAGUUGAUGGCUGGCGAUCUGGGACAUCGACCCCCCAACCCUCCAGAGGAAUACAAGACGAUUUGGCUGAGCAAUGUCCCGGAUUAUACGCAUGGAUUCUUAAACACGGGUAUCCAUUUGACGCGUUUCUUGGAUCAAGAUUCAUUGGCUAUGUCCAACUGUCUCGUUAGUAUGGGCCACUACAAAUCAAUGGAUCACUUUUGCUGCAACUAUGUCCUUCUACGAGCGGAUCAAUUCCCUCGCUUUUUAGGCUGCUCCGUUCUCUCUCAUACAUUCCCUGUUGGUAACCAUAUGGCUCUCAAAUCACUCCCUCUUCCGCGUGCCCUGCAUGAGCUGGCAUCCAAAGACGACUUGCACCGAUGGCUCGCGCAUCUCCUACUCUGCACUUUGUCUAAUGGCAAGCGGAUGAUCCCCGACACGAAAUGGAUAGCGUUGCCAAACAAUCUCGGAGCUUUCAUCCACCUUCUUACACACCUCCACCGUGUUGGUUUUCCCUCUCAUUGGCUGGGCGACUUUUUGCAAUCCGUGGUGUCAGAUACGUUGUUCUGUGACGUGGAACCUUAUAACGGACACCUUCCCGUUCCAGUCUCGGAGAUCGACAGAAGGAUACCUCGGAGGAAAGUGCACCUGGGCGGAUGGCGAGCUGAGCUUGAAGUAAUCCUGGCUCUGGUUGCGGAUGUUGUCCCUUUUUCCGUUGGGAUAUCGCCUGAGUUCACCGCGAUUGAGGACAUAAUGAGAUGCGAGUGCGAUGCGCUCCUCCUUCCGGGGGCCGAAUGCAACAUCGGCAAAAUACACGCUUUGCUAUUCUUCGAUCCCUCACAGGAUUAUCACCCCGUUGGGAUCAUCAACAACUUGUCAGCCGUCCUUAACGGUAACUCCAGGAUGAAGAACGCGCGAUUCCAAAUCUUCCUCGGUCAGAACGAAAUUGACUUAUACCAGAAAAACGCUGUCAGUUGGAAAAUUAGUCGAAAGUGGCACAGGAAGAUGAAAGUAGAGGGCUGGAGUAUGAUAGUGUUCCGGACUGAUACCAGGAGUCCCGUAACGUUCCCAAUUUCUGUAGAGCGAUGGGUGGAGAGUGCCGAGGUAUAG